GUGGGGUACGGCAGGGAUGGGUAGGGUGGACCCGACGCUCCAUGAACAAAAAACAUGGGUCUCUGUGACGCAAGCGCACAUUGAGAAAGGGAUCAUAACGAGACGUCGACAGAAAAGCGCCAGAGUAAAUAAACAAACCUAUUGAGGAACUGGGAGCUGACGUGAGUCCCCAACAUAACCUCACAGAACCAUGCAGAGGAUGUUUCAACGAAGUCUACGAUGCCUGAAAGCACCGAAAUUGAGCGAAGAAUUUCUUCCGAGUCUCGAUGCUCUUCAAAUACCACAAGGCAACUCGGGGAAGACUAGCUCAACUACACCGGCUGUGAUUGCUCCGAAAAUCACGAAUGGUGUUGCUCCACCAAGCCAGAAAGUCAUGGAUUUUGCCAAUAAAUCAAAGAUCAAAUUCCCGAACGCGCUGCAACUGGUUCCGCGCCAGAGACUCAACGAUUUCCCUAUACGCUUUUCGCUCUCCUCGAGUCAUGUCUUCUCCAUUUACCACCUGAAGUACCUUUCGGCGUUCGAGCACCCUCUUACCGAGAAGACACUGCAUUACUACACGAAGAAGAAGGAGACCCGGCGGCUAUGGUCGUAUGUACAUGCCUCCUCAGCGUCGGACGGAAGCAACGCCGUGGUAUGGUCUGCAAGCGAGAGAGUGGCGAGGGCCGCGCUCUGCCGCGCCCUGAACGCUGCUGGCUAUGAUGCCUCUGGUAACAGUCUGCACGGCGAGAAGAGCCUUCGCGGGACCAUUCGAAUUUCCAUACCCGAGCCCAAGAAGAUCUUCAAGGUUGAGUUUGGCGAUCUGGUGGACUACUUGUCGAAGCUUCUGUCAGACGCUAUCCCAAGGCUUAGUGGCCACAAGAGGCCUUCUCGGUGAACCUAAGCGCUCCAAGCUCCUUGGACGGCGAUUGCUUCAACCUGACCAUCCGACAUUCAACGGCAAACCCUCAUCAUCAAAGCGAUAAUGCACACCAACCUCCCGUUCCGCUAUCACGCCAGACUGAGACGCGCAGAAAGUCGAAGGUGACCACUCCGGGGGAGGGGAUACCAAUCCAUCUGCUGUCCGUCCCAGCAAGAACCCACCUUCGGCACCUAAGGGCACCACGAGGGAGGCUUUGGCGGCGACAUAGCGAUUCUCAGUUGAGAUGGCGACAUCGCUAAGCUGCAAAUAUCAACUCAAGUCUAGGGACUACUGCGCAUCCCUGACGACAGGUCUCGCAAUGUGCCUGGCAAUUCAUUGAAGAGACAGCGGUUUGGGUUCCUCAAAGUCUUCAA